AAUUCCAAUUUGUAUAUAUAAAAAAAAAUGGAAAAUUGCCAACUUUCAUAUUCUAUAUGCAUGGAGCUUCUUCAAUGUAUUUGUUUCCAAGAUCUUGCCUUCUCUUGAAACCGACCCUCCAACCAUCGAUCUCAAAUUCGUAACCAUCAGUAGAAGAAACCUUAAUUUUUAUUUUUAUUUUUUUGGUUUUGAAAACAUUUUUGAAAUACCCAUUUAUCAUUUUCACGCAAUCUUCUCAUUUAUCAUUCAUGUUUUGAUUAGAUUCAUUUCCCCUGUUAUUCUCUUAACCAGAAGAGAGAGAGAAAGAGAGAAAGAGAGAAAAGGGUUGGUGUAAAAUUUAUGCUUCAAAAGAAGGGUUAAGUAAUGGGUUUUAGGUCUAUCAACUGGUGGUUAAGGUUUGAAAGAAUCCUUUUAAGCAACCAACCACCAUUGCCACCAUCUUCUUCUUCUUGUUCUUUGUUCUUGUUCUUGUUCUUCCUUUUGUUUUAAGAAGCUUUUUCCACACGUGAGAAGAAGGGUAUUGAAUGAUUGGGAUUGACGAUGACUUUUUCUCUUACUUUUAAUUCAUAAAAAUAUAUUUUAAAGUUGUUGGUGUUGCGCUUCUCGUUAUUAUAUACCUCUUUUCUUUAAUGUCUUUUUAAUAAUUUAUUGCUUUUUUGUCGAGUUGGUGUUGGAGUCGUUGUUCCAAUUAUGAGGAAGAGAAGAGAAGAGAAACUAUGGUUCUUUUUUUAUUUGGGGGUUUCGUAAUUAUUGAUUUCAUUAUUUAUUUAAUGGUGUUUUCCCUGAAAUCUCUUGGGAUUAGUGUUUGUCUCCAUUUUGGGAAUUUGGGUCUUUCUUUUUUCUCCUUUUUCUUAACCCCCUUUUGAUUUCUUCUGCUUUCAAGGUUGCCUCCCACUACCACAAUCGCAUUAUUGGGGUUUUCAGGCUGAUGAAACUUUGAGGAGUUUUCAGAUGACAUAUUUUCCUGGUUUAAGUAAUCAAAGAGACUCCAUGUUAGGUGAUCACAAACUUGGUUCUUCUUGCCAAGAACAACAGCCUCUUUGUUCUGGGAAUUUGAUGAUGUUCAUGAAUCAGGACCCUUCUUGCAGAGAUUAUUCAGAGAUUCUUUCUGGGGUUUCUUCAAAUUAUGUCGAAACUGUGGGAGAUAGAAGUAAUGUUGAAAUGGCUUUCAUUCCACCAGUUGUGGGAAUUUUAGAUGAAUCAAAUUUCCAAUGUCAAGGUGUUUCACUUAGCCUUUCCACACACUCACCUUCUGUUGUGUCUAUGUCUUCAUUUCCUCACCAAUAUCAGACCCCUGCUAUGGUUUCUUCAUUCAUUAAUGCACCUCCUUCGAUCUUGGAGAAGAGGCAGAAUCCGAAACCUUGUAUUUCUGAUGUGAAAAAUGGUAUGUAUGUAGCAUUGGGUUCUGGUUAUUCGAUGUUGAAUUCGGUAUACAUUGAAGCUGCACAACAGUUGCUUGAUGAAAUGGUUAGCAUCCGGGAAGCUUUGAAAGAGCUGAAGUCUAAGAAACUGAAAGCUUCCAAUGGUUUGGGUGUCGAUUCCUGCAGAGAAAAUGAUGGGGGAUCAAAUGAUCUGACUGGUGAGAUGUGUGGCAAUGCAAGGGAGGCAUCAAUCGCUAAUCCGUUGAGUGAUCUAUCGCCUUCCGAACGUCAGGACUUGAAGAACAAAAACUCAAAGCUUCUGUCUCUGUUGGGUGAGGUGGAUCGAAGAUACAAGCAAUAUUACCAACAACUGCAAAUGUUAGCGUCGUCUUUCGACAUGGUAGCAGGUCGAGGGGCUGCAGAGUUCUACACUUCACUCCCACACCAAACAAUUUCGUGCCACUUUCGCCGCUUGCAAGAUGCAAUUAAUGCACAGAUUGAGGUCACCAGGAGAGCCUUGGGAGAGCAAGAUUCUUUACAUUCUGGUCAAGAAGGCAUUCCCCGUCUCCGCUUUGUCGACCAACACCUCAGGCAACAGAGAGCCCUGCAGCAUCUCGGUGUCACACCACAUAGUUGGAGGCCUCAACGAGGGCUUCCUGAAAGCUCUGUGUCGAUUCUUCGUGCUUGGCUCUUCGAACACUUCCUCCAUCCAUAUCCCAAGGAUUCAGAGAAACUUAAGCUAGCAAGACAAACUGGCCUGACUAGAAACCAAGUCGCAAACUGGUUUAUAAAUGCACGUGUUCGGCUAUGGAAACCAAUGGUAGAGGAGAUGUACAAAGAAGAAUUUGGGGACUCUAACAUUGAUAUCAAAUCCUCACCAGAAAAUGCAUCCAAAGCAUCAUGGAACAAUUCGCUAUUCUCCGAAGAUAGGGGAGGAGACGAGUUGCACGACAGCACAAAAUCUGUAGCAAACAACGGUGAGCGAGUCCUCUACCGCCAGUGUGCUACCGACGAUAUGAUCAACUCGAGUAACUUCACAAUGGGAGGAGGAGAUGUUUCACUUGCAUUGGAGUUGAAGCAUUGUGAAGGUGAUGAAUUUGGGAUGUUUGGGAAUAAUAACAAUAGAAUGGUUGGUUCUGUGGAGCUUGAGGGACAGGAUUUUCCAUGUCUGGAACCAGAAAGGCAUCAUCAAUGCAGACUCACCAGUUCAAAUAUGUUGCAUGAUUUUGUAGUUUAAAACUUUGAUAAUUCUUCAUGGAAGAAGAUAAAAUUUUAAUAUACAUGUAUAUAUAAGGGGGUAUAUGGAGUGGAGCCAACCUGUACUUUUAAACAGUAUAGAUUUUGUUGGAAAUUUGUGGAUAUAAUUGAAAAUAAGUGUAAUUCGUUUGGAUUUUUCCAAAUAAAAGAAGGGGUUGGGUUGUAUUGUAACACUUGAUUUCAACUUUUUAUACUAAUAGAAAGUAAUUGUAAUUUUUGAAUUCUUAUUCAACCUCGAA